AUGUGGUCUGCUGGAUCUUCAACAGCUGCUUGUCACUCUGAACCUGCAUCUCCUGGACCGCAUAGAGUGGUUGGACUUCCUGGACUACGUGGUCCUGAUGGACCUCCUGGACCUUCUGGACCUCCUGGACCUCUUGGACGAACUGGUCCUGCUGGACCUCGUGGAAGUCCUGGAUUUCCUGGAUUGGAUGGACCAAUGGGAUAUCCUGGGCCGCGUGGCUACUCUGGACCUGCUGGAGCAACGGGAGAGGUUGGAGCUCCUGGUGAACCGUGUCCUGAUCAAACUGGACUUACAUUGAUUGCCACGGGAGGGUGUGUUCUAGCAAUUCUGGAUGGUGUCAUCCUGGUUGUUGUUGUUUUGUUCAUAAUGAGGAAUAUGGGAAAUUCAGCAGUGAAAUACUCAGGAGCAAAGUGCCCUGAUGUGCACCCUCUUAAUGAUUCAUACACAUCUCUGAAUUCCAGGACAUCAACACCAGCUGUGUAUGAAAAUAUUGACCAUUUUAGGAAUCUACCCAGUGCAGCUGACCGAAGACCUAGAUGAAACUUGUGCUUCUGCAAACUCCAGCUCUCGUUGAACCAUAAUUCACCUACAGGGAAAGUGUUUUGAAAACACAGAUUUGUUUAAUUGAGAGUGAUCAUGCAUAUUGUAUUAUAACACACACACACACAGAAUUUGGAUACACAUUAAUACAUACUCACACAGACAAGAAUGGGUUCUUUUCUACGGUACACAGCAUGCUGUGACAGAAAAUUGCACAUGGUUUGCAUUGCUAGUAUAUAAAAAAAAAAAAUUACCAAACCAGUUAAGUCACAUAAGUUGCUUGGUUAACAUGUAACAUCUUAAGCCUACC